AUGUAUCCUCAAAGUGCGGCCUUCUUCGGCGCCCUCGGCGCCGUCUCGUCCGUUGUUUUUGCAAAUAUGGGUUCCUCCUACGGUGCUGCGAAGGCGGGCGUCGGCGUCACCUAUCUUGGGAUUAAAACCCCCGAAAAAAUCAUGCGUGGGAUCGUGCCAGUAAUUAUGGCGGGUAUUUUAGGUAUUUACGGUCUGAUUAUUGCAGUAAUCAUCAACAAUAACAUUAAAACUGAGCUUAACAGUUACUCUUUGUAUUCAGGAUAUCUUCAUCUUGGGGCUGGAUUGGCUGCAGGCUUGUCAUCACUUGGUGCAGGGUUCGCCAUUGGAGUUGUUGGCGACACCGCGGCUCGCUCAUAUGGAAAGCAGGAUAAAAUUUUUGUCGCGAUGGUGUUGAUGCUUAUUUUUUCCGAAGCUUUGGGACUCUAUGGGCUCAUUAUUGCCUUGCUUAUGAGCAACAAGGCAAGCCGAUACACGGAUCUUUGUGCAUCCGCGUAA